AUGUCAAACCAAAGACCUGACAGCGAAGGACUCAUUCCUGUUGAGCACCACCACCCUAUUAGCCCGCAAGUCAGCCCGAUGCCCAGUCCUGCGCCCGCUCAAUUCUCCCAUCAAACGCAAGAUUCGAUCGGUCCAAUUAGCCCCGAGCCUACUGGCAUCACCCCUUUGUCCCCCUCCUCAGAACAAUCGGGCACUCUGCUGCCGACCUACGAAAAGUCGCGACAGGAACACGAAGCACCUAUCCCUGUCAAUAACCCUCCUACCGCCCCUGAAAAAGCAUACAAUGGCCAGCCGGUCGAUCAGAUUCAACAGCAACAGAGCUAUUUCAACCAAGCUCAGGCCCAAUACCCCUCUGAUGGAAAGACAUACCCAGGCCAGCCAGGCCCCCAACAGAUGCAACAACAUCCCCAGCAGCAGAUGUACUAUACGCCCUACGGCCAUCCCAGUGGAUAUGCGACCGCAGUCCCCUUGCAUGCCCUUCAGUCAGCACCUUGCCCCGUGGACUGCCCUGCCUGUGGACGCCGAGAGAUGACUCGCGUAGAGCCUGUGACUGGCAUGACUACACAUGGAUGGGCUGCUGUUCUAUGCUUCUGCUGCUGCCUCGGAUGUAUCCCGUACUUGAUGUCUUCGCUCAAGGAUGUCGACCACUACUGCGGCGGUUGCGGUACUAAGCUUGCCUGCUGGCAUAACAGUGGACGCAUUCAAGUAUUCCAGAUUUCAGCAAACCAGAUGCCCGGAGCACACCCUGUUGCCCAGGCUCCUCAAGCUGCUCAGAACGGUCCUCAGUCCCCGCCAGUUCAGUCACCACCGGCCCAGUCUGCGCCACCCACCCACACUUACCAGUAA